GUUUUUGUUUUCCUUAAUGCAAAUUUGUAUUUUAAAGCCUUCUUCUUCUGGGAUUGGGAAUCUGUAGAAAGCUCAGUGUCUGUUGUCAUAAUUUUUACGAGCCACACCUCUUUAAAAAGAGUGUCUUAGAACCCAGAUUUUAGUUCACCCUUAAAAAAUAUAAGCAGGUUAGCCAGAUCCACACAAACCAGGGAGUGUCGCCUUGUCCUUGUCAACCUACUCCUCCCUGUGGGAAUUCUCUACCCGAGAUGGCUUCUUUCCAGCCCCUGGAGGUUUGGAGACUAGAGCAGGCUGGCUUCACCAGUGCUGCCCUUUGGUGGACGGUUCAGUGACCUUUUAAUUACUAAACCAGUGACCACCUUUCAUUAUGGAAAUUCUUUUUCACUUGAUUUUGAGGUUCUUUUGACCUCCCUGUUCCUUCUGCCCUGAGCCGUGCCCUCCCAGCUCUAAUGUUCAUCCUCAGUUUCUCCUGUUCAGAACUCGGGUCCUAUUAGUGUUUCCCAAACCAGCUUUUUCUGCAGCCUUUUCCAUCCCAUUUAGGGGCAGACACCAUCAGUUUUCGAGCAAGAGGCCUUGGUGUCAUCCUUGGCUCCUCCCCUGCACGCCCCCGCAUCUGGUGGUCAGCAGAGUCUGUCUUCACCUCCACCUCCACCUUCGUCAUGGGACCACCUUCAUCGUCUUGGACCCGGCCACCAUCUUUGCAGGAGCCUUCCAGUUGGUUCCCCGCUGCUGCCUGUGCCCCCUUCCACGUGGCAGCCAGGGUGAGCCGGCUGGUGAGGCUUCUCUGCUGGGAUCAUGCUUUCCUUGCUGUUCACAACCCUGCCAGGCUCCUGCUUCAGCUGUAAGAGAACACGAGCCGUCUCCCCUCGCAGGCUCAGUAGUUGGCAGGAAAUAUUUCAAAAUCUGAAAAGGUGUAGUGUGAGUAAUUUGAGAGUCCAGAGUCUCUUAAAGAAGCUGACUGGCUCUCAGUGAUUGCUCAUCCCUGCUGGACUUUGGUUCUGUGGUGCAGAUGGAGUAUAGGACUCGGGUGUCUGGGCCAGAGUGAGUGAAGCCUGAGGUUCAAGAUGGAGAAGAAACGAAGAAAGAAAUGAAAGCCUCUUUCCAGGCCAAGGCACAAAAGGCCAUGAAAUUUAACUUUUAUUUACGUUGGACAAGACUGUAAAAUGGCUGAUCAGUAAUGUUUCAGCUUUUAGCUGAAACAAAAAUUAACUUAUAAUCAAGGAAGAAAAAAGUGCGAUUUGAAUUUAUGUGAUUUUAUGACCCUAUUCACUGAUGACCAUGAAGCUUGUCAACAUCUGGCUGCUUCUGCUGGUGGUGUUGCUCUGUGGGAAGAAACAUCUGGGGGACAGACUGGAAAAGAAAUCAUUUGAAAAGGCCCCGUGCCCUGGCUGUUCCCACCUGACUUUGAAGGUGGAGUUCUCCUCAACGGUUGUGGAAUAUGAGUAUAUUGUGGCUUUCAAUGGAUACUUUACAGCCAAAGCUAGAAAUUCAUUUAUUUCAAGUGCCCUGAAGAGCAGUGAAAUAGACAACUGGAGAAUUAUACCUCGAAACAAUCCAUCCAGUGACUACCCCAGUGAUUUUGAAGUGAUUCAGAUAAGAGAAAAACAGAAAGCGGGGCUGCUGACACUUGAAGAUCAUCCAAACAUCAAGCGGGUAACACCCCAGCGGAAGGUUUUUCGUUCCCUCAAGUACACGGAGUCUGACCCCGCUGUGCCCUGUAAUGAGACCCGCUGGAGCCAGAAGUGGCAGUCGUCCCGUCCCCUGCGCAGAGCCAGUCUCUCCCUGGGCUCUGGCUUCUGGCAUGCCACCGGCAGGCACUCCAGUCGGCGGCUGCUGCGAGCCAUCCCGCGCCAGGUCGCGCAGACCCUGCAGGCGGACGUGCUUUGGCAGAUGGGAUACACAGGUGCUAACGUAAGGGUUGCUGUUUUUGACACUGGGCUAAGUGAGAAGCAUCCCCACUUCAAAAACGUGAAGGAGAGAACCAACUGGACCAAUGAGCGAACGCUGGACGACGCAGGACUGGGCCAUGGCACGUUCGUGGCGGGUGUGAUAGCCAGCAUGAGGGAGUGCCAGGGGUUCGCUCCCGAUGCAGAGCUUCACAUCUUCAGGGUCUUUACCAACAACCAGGUCUCCUACACGUCCUGGUUCCUGGAUGCCUUCAACUAUGCCAUCCUCAAGAAGAUCGACGUUCUGAACCUGAGCAUUGGCGGCCCUGACUUCAUGGACCACCCCUUCGUUGACAAGGUGUGGGAGUUAACGGCUAACAACGUCAUCAUGGUUUCUGCUAUCGGCAACGAUGGGCCUCUUUAUGGCACUCUGAACAACCCUGCUGACCAGAUGGAUGUCAUCGGAGUGGGCGGCAUUGACUUUGAGGACAACAUCGCCCGCUUCUCCUCUCGGGGCAUGACAACCUGGGAGCUGCCGGGGGGCUAUGGCCGUGUGAAGCCUGAUAUUGUCACCUAUGGCGCUGGCGUCAGGGGCUCUGGCGUGAAAGGCGGGUGCCGGGCCCUCUCAGGGACCAGCGUGGCUUCUCCAGUGGUGGCCGGCGCUGUCACCUUGCUGGUGAGCACAGUCCAGAAACGUGAACUGGUGAAUCCAGCCAGUAUGAAGCAGGCCCUGAUUGCGUCAGCCCGGAGGCUUCCUGGUGUCAAUAUGUUUGAGCAAGGCCACGGCAAGCUGGAUCUCCUCCGAGCCUAUCAGGUCCUCAGCAGCUACAAACCACAGGCCAGUUUGAGCCCUGGCUACAUUGAUCUGACUGAGUGCCCCUACAUGUGGCCCUACUGCUCCCAGCCCAUCUACUACGGAGGAAUGCCCACCAUCGUCAACGUCACCAUCCUCAAUGGCAUGGGGGUCACGGGAAGGAUCGUGGACAAGCCGGAGUGGCAGCCCUAUUUACCACAGAAUGGAGACAACAUCGAAGUUGCUUUCUCUUACUCCUCAGUGCUGUGGCCUUGGUCAGGCUACCUGGCCAUUUCCAUCUCUGUCACCAAGAAAGCCGCUUCCUGGGAGGGCAUCGCACAGGGGCAUGUCAUGGUCACCGUGGCCUCCCCAGCAGAGGAGGAAUCCAAAAGUGGUACAGAACAGACUUCCACAGUGAAGCUCCCAAUUAAGGUGAAGAUAAUCCCUUCUCCUCCUCGAAGCAAGAGGGUUCUCUGGGACCAGUACCACAACCUGCGCUACCCGCCUGGCUACUUCCCCAGGGACAACCUCCGGAUGAAGAACGACCCUCUGGACUGGAAUGGCGACCACAUCCACACCAACUUCAGGGACAUGUAUCAGCACUUGAGAAGCAUGGGCUACUUCGUUGAAGUCCUUGGCUCCCCCUUCACCUGCUUUGAUGCCAGUCAGUAUGGAACUCUGCUUAUGGUGGACAGUGAGGAGGAGUACUUCCCUGAGGAGGUGGCCAAACUGCGGAGGGAUGUGGACAAUGGCCUUUCCCUCAUCGUCUUCAGUGACUGGUACAACACAUCCGUGAUGAGGAAAGUCAAGUUUUAUGAUGAAAACACGAGGCAGUGGUGGAUGCCGGACACCGGAGGAGCCAACAUUCCGGCUCUGAACGAGCUGCUGUCAGUCUGGAACAUGGGGUUCAGUGAUGGCCUGUAUGAGGGGGAUUUCACCUUGGCCAACCACGACAUGUACUACGCGUCAGGGUGCAGCAUUGCGAAGUUUCCAGAAGAUGGCAUAGUGAUAACACAGACGUUUAAAGACCAAGGAUUGGAGGUUUUGAAGCAGGAAGUGGCAAUGGUUGAAAACGUCCCCAUUUUGGGACUGUAUCAGAUUCCAGCUGAGGGCGGCGGCCGGAUUGUGCUGUACGGAGACUCCAAUUGCUUGGAUGACAGUCACCGGCAGAAGGACUGCUUCUGGCUGCUGGACGCACUCCUUCAGUACACUGCGUAUGGGGUGACGCCCCCCAGUCUCAGCCACUCGGGGGAUCGGCAGCGCCCCCCCAGCGGAGCAGGCUCGGUGCCUCCGGAGAGGAUGGAAGGGAACCACCUGCACCGGUACUCCAAGGUCCUUGAGGCCCGGCUGGGAGGUCCAGAGCCACGGGCACUGCCAGCCUGUCCGCACCUGUCGUGGGCCAAGCCGCAGCCUUUAAAUGAGACGGCUCCCAGUAAUCUUUGGAAACAUCAGAAGUUACUCUCCAUCGACCUGGACAAAGUGGUGUUACCCAACUUUCGAUCGAAUCGCCCUCAAGUGAGACCCUUGUCUCCCGGAGAGAGUGGUGCCUGGGACAUUCCCGGAGGGAUCAUGCCUGGCCGCUACAACCAGGAGGUGGGCCAGACCAUUCCUGUUUUUGCCUUCCUGGGAGCCAUGGUGGUCCUGGCCUUCUUUGUGGUGCAGAUCAACAAGGCCAAGAGCAGGCCGAAGCGGAGGAAGCCCCGAGUGAAGCGCCCACAGCUCGUGCAGCAGGUUCACCCGCCCAGGACCCCCUCGGUGUGA